GCUGCCAGGCCAGCAGGUAGAGGGACUGUGAGGAUGUAAGAAAGCAGCUGAUGAGCAGCACAAAGUGCCACAGUGGUUGAAAGUUUUUGGAAGUUUCUUGUUUUCUGUUAGAGGUAAAAAAACCAAACAAACCCAAAAAUCAGACAAGAAUAACGAGUUCACCGAAAUGUGAGAAUGGCCAAUUCUUUAAGAGGUGAAGUGGUGAGACUGUACAAAAAUCUGCUGUACCUUGGAAGGGAGUAUCCCAAAGGAGCAGACUACUUUAGAAGCCGUUUGAAAGCAGCUUUCCUAAAACACAAGGAUGAGAAAGACCCUGAGAAAAUUAAGCAACUGAUUGCACGGGGUGAAUUUGUUAUAAAGGAGCUGGAGGCUUUGUACUUCCUGAGGAAAUACCGAGCCAUGAAACAGCGCUACUACAGCGAUGACGACCAGUGACUGUGCAUGCAACCAACACAUCCACGAAAACUGACAAUAAAGGAGAUGUAGCCUCAAAAGAAACAAAAUGUAAAUCCUUCCAACCCCUCUAAGGUACAAAUUAGGACUUUGCUUCCCCUCCAGCAGUUUUCACUAAAACUUCAGGUGUGAAACUUUGCGGGAAGGAGUGGUUGCACAGCUCUGUUCUGUUUCACUUCAAAAUAUAUCUUUAACAGAAGCUCUUCUUACCCCAUAA